AAUUAGAUCGGGAUCGGAUUAAAUUCGGUUUCGGAAUGGCGUCAGUGAACAUUCACAAUGAUCAAGAAAAAGGAAGCCAGACAGAAAUCCCUUGUUGUACAUCCAAGUGGAGUGAAAAUCACCUUAAUAUUCUGCAAGUCUUUGCUGUGCAAUCGAGGGCUUAUCCACCAGCAGAAAUAUUGUCUUAUCUAGUUGAUGAAGGAAUUGAGAGGAGAGUACGAAGAGUGAAGGAACAUUUGAUGCAUUUUAUGCCAGCUGGAUUGAAGGCUGUUGACUUUGAUGACUUUUACUCUAUAAAUCAUGGUAAUUGUAAGUCAAUCCUGUACAAUGCACAAAAGCGACAGAUGCUUAGUUUUAGAUUGGAACCUCUGCCAGAUUUUGCUGAAGAAGCUUGGCGUGAAUCUUUUAGAGUUCAUGGUGAGCUGUUUUGCAAACAACUUAUUUUUAUGACAUGGCAGAAAGAAAGGGGUGUAAGAAUCACAGAAUAUAUGUUUCAACAACUUUUCCAACACUUCACAGCAAUGUUUGGGCUCCAUGCUAUUGCCGUGCCUUGUUUACUACCUCAGUCUAUGACAGUUGGGAGUAUACAUGUCAACUCAACACCUGAUCUCAUAUUUUAUGACCUUCCAAACUGUGACCAAGAAACUUCUAAAAUUUUUGCCAUAUGUAAGGUUAAAAGAAAGAUGGAAUCUGAUACUCUUGAACCUUCUCCACCAAAGACCAGAAAGCUCAGUGAAAAAGAGAGGAAGGAGAUUACUCAUUUAGAUGCAGACACAAUAGGCCAGCAUGGAGGAGAACUUCUAGUUCACUAUGCAUCAACAUCUUCCAAACAGCCUGUACUCUUUGGUUUUAUUGUGCAAGAUACAAAUGUAACAUUCACACAGUUUUCAUGUAGUGAAGUGGAUUAUGAGGUCAUCAAAAGAGGAGGGGACUCAUCAUUUCCAAAGGGUGCAGGACCCAUGAUAAAAUUUAGUAAGCCCUACAACAUCCUGAAAGCUGAAGAUAGGAUGCAUAUAAUUGAACCAUUUCUAAAAUUAGGGUUUUUUCAAUCUACUUUGUGAGUUAGAGAAUAGCUGUUACAGUAAUAAAGAAAUGCUAGAACAGUUAUUUCUACUUUGUGAGCUGUAACAGUAAUGAUGAAAUGCUAGAACAGUUAUUUCUACUUUGUGAGCUGUCACAAUAAUGAUGAAAUGCUACAACAGUUAUUUCUACUUUGUGAGCUGUCACAGUUAUAAAGAAAUGCUACAACAGUUAUUUCUACUUUGUGAGCUGUCACAGUAUUAAGGAGAUGCUAGAACAGUUAUUUCUAUUUUGUGAGUUAGAGUAUACUGUUACAGUAAUAAAGAAAUGCUAGAACAGCUAUUUAAAUUCAAGGUUGAUAUCUUUUCCACGUUUGUAAGAAAAGAAUUUUUUUUUAAGCAAAAUACAUGUAAAAUGUUUUGGAAGGAAUACAUGCAAUGCAAUGCAGCAUGAAUUGCCACAAUGUAGCUCUGCAUAGAUAGUGUAAGUGUAUAUAUAAAUGUUGGAACAAAGUAAGAAAUUUAGCAUCAUCAACCUUAAAAGAAUCGUAUUCUAGUGAGAGAGAUGCAAAAAUAAUAUGGAAUUUUCAAAAUGUCACAAAAAAGGUGUUGCACUCCUGACAUUUUUAGCAUCAUUUUUGGGCAUAACUUUUUUGUUUUUUAAGAUAUCAAUUAGAUAUUUGGCAGGCAUUUAGCCAAUAUAUCAAAAGAUACAUGCUGAGCUAUAGAAAUUUAUUCACAUAGCCUGAAUUUUUAGUGACACUUUAAAUCAUAUUGAUGUGCAUACAUUCCCAAGUUUUGUGGAUUAAAGUUUGUUCAAGUUAAGGACCCUAGGGUUAGGGUAAGCCUUAAAUCGUGGACCAAAUAUUACCAAAUGUAUGCCUAUACAGGAAAAAAAUCUUCAAAAAAAAUCUUAUGUACAAGACCAUGUUAGUUAUAAUGAUAUUGAAUUAUCCCCAUGAUGAAUGGAUUCAGGCUUAGAUAUAUAUCCCCUAGGUGCUAGAUGGGGCCACAGUAAGGGCUGAAUAUUGUUCAAGGGAUUAAAGAGUGAUAUAAUCUUUUAAAUACACAUGCAUCUUCUUUAAUUAUCUUCUACUGGGGCAGGGUGAUGCAUGUGAGCAUUGUGCCUCUGAUGAUACAUGUAAGUACAAAUCAGUAGAGCUACAUUCUCAGCAGAGACAUCUGCUUAGUUUGUUGAACUUCAAACUUUCUGUACAAAAUGUCAUUCAUGCUAUCAAUUGCAAUUACUAAAGCUGGUUAAUACUUGCCUUUUUUCAUAAAUGUAUGUGUUCAUCAAUGAAAUUUUGCCUUUUUUCAUAAAUGUAUGUGUAUCUUUGUUAAGUUCUUUUUAUAACUUUUUGUU